ACUAGCAACUAGGAGGUCACGAUCAAGGGGUCUAACUCAAGAUUAUUUACUCAGAUAGAAUCCACGAGCGUAGCACCAAUAUACAAGGAGAAGGCGUGACCACUUUUCUAUAUUAACCAGCGGAUUAUCAGCGUCUUUGGCUAGGCCUCCCGUAAGGGAGACCCGUGCCUAUACAUUACUUAUAUAAUUAGACUUAGUUGCUAGAAGUCUGGGUGACACCUGAAGCCGUGUAAAGCAAAGUUGCUUACUGUUUACGAAGCGAAUAAGUUACAAUGUCGAAGGCGGAGUCAGUCAAGGUGGUGGUGCGUUGUCGGCCUCUUAACUCUAAGGAGAAACAGGAUGGUCGAGAGCGUAUCGUUGAAAUGGAUGUGGAUGCCGGUCAGGUCAAGGUCCGCAACCCGAAGGCGGACUCCAGUGAGCCUCCAAAGGCGUUUACAUUCGAUCAGGUGUACGACUGGAACUGCCAACAACGCGAUGUCUUCGACAUCACGGCACGCCCGCUCAUCGAUUCAAGCAUUGAGGGCUACAACGGCACUAUCUUUGCGUACGGCCAGACGGGCACGGGCAAGUCGCACACCAUGGAGGGCAAGGAUGAGCCGCCUGAGCUGCGCGGCCUGAUCCCCAACACCUUCCGCUACGUCUUCGAGAUCAUUGCACGCGACAGUGGCACCAAGGAGUUCCUUGUCCGCGCCAGCUACCUGGAGAUCUACAACGAGGAGGUGCGCGACCUGCUGGGCAAGGACCACACCAAGAAGAUGGAGCUGAAGGAGAGCCCCGACCGCGGCGUGUACGUGAAGGACCUCUCACAGUUCGUCUGCAAGAACUACGACGAGAUGUUCAAGGUCCUCAAGGCCGGCAAGGACAACCGCCAGGUGGGCGCCACGCUGAUGAACCAGGACUCCUCGCGCUCGCACUCCAUCUUCACCAUCACCAUCGAGUGCAUUGAGAAGCUGGAGGGAGCCGGCGGCGCCCCGGCCGCACCCAAAGCAGGCGCCAAGAGUGGUGACAGCAACCACGUCCGCGUGGGCAAGCUGAACCUGGUGGAUCUGGCUGGUAGCGAGCGCCAGGACAAGACCGGAGCGACGGGUGACCGCCUGAAGGAGGGUAUCAAGAUUAACCUGUCGCUUACGGCGCUGGGUAACGUCAUUUCCGCGCUGGUGGACGGCAAGAGCGGCCACGUGCCCUACCGUGACUCCAAGCUCACGCGUCUGCUGCAGGAUUCGCUGGGUGGCAACACCAAGACGGUCAUGGUGGCGAACAUUGGCCCCGCUGACUGGAACUAUGAUGAGACCAUGUCGACGCUGCGCUAUGCCAACCGCGCCAAGAACAUCCAGAACAAGCCCAAAAUCAACGAGGACCCCAAGGACGCCAUGUUGCGGCAGUUCCAGGAGGAGAUCAAGAAGCUGAAGGAGCAGCUGGCGGCGCGCCAGGCCGGCGGCGCCGGCAUCCCCGCACCUGUAGCUGGCGGCGGCAGUCCCACGCAGCGCAUCGUUGAGCGGACCGUCGAGGUUGACCCCGACGUGGACGCCAUCAAGGCCCAGAUGCGCGCUGAGCUGGAGGCGAAGAUGAAGAUCGACAUGAGCACGGAAGCGCUGGAUAAGGCGCGCGAGGAGGCCGAGGCGGCGGCACGCAACCAGCUGCAGGCAAUCAUCGACGACCAGAGCAAGACCGAGGUGCAGCGCAAGGCGGCGCGUGAGGCCCUCAAGAAGCAGGCGGAGGAGGCGCGCGCCAUCGCAGCUUCCAUUGAGAAGGAGAAGAAGGAGAAGGAGGAGCUCGAGCAGCGGAUUAAGGAAAUGGAGGGCAAGAUCGUGGUGGGAGGUGUCAACAUGCUCGAGAAGGUGGAUGAACUAAAACAGCGCAGCGAGGACAUCAAGCGCGAAGCGGCUAUCCGCAAGCGCCAAGAGGAGGAGGCGAAGCGGCGCCUUGAGGAGCUCGCAGCGGCGCAGGUGGACGUGGACUCCAAGUUCGCAUCGCUGGACGAGGAAAUCAACGUCAAGAGCCGGCAGCUGAAGAAGCUGUUUGAGAAGUACCAGGCCAAGAAGAGCGAGCUGACGGACCUGCAGGAGCAAUUCCAGCGGGAACGCGAGGGCAUGCUGGAGGACUACCGCAUCCUAACGCAACAGAUCAAGUUGAAGAACCUCAUCAUCGCGUGCUUCAUUCCGCCCGACUACCAGGACAAGAUCAUGCAGCACUGCCACUGGCAGGACUACGACAGCUCCUGGUCCAUCGACUGCAUCGCCUACGCAGGCAACGCCAUCCGCACCAACCAAGAGCUAGCGGCGCAGGAGCAGGACAAGGAGCACGGCGGCGAGAACCCCGACAACGAGCGCCUCAAGAACUGCUUCUUCAGCUACGCGCAAUUCGAGGAAGCCGGCGCCGGCAACAACACCGGCCGGCCGGGCACCUCUGGCAAGGCGCGGCCAGGCAGCUCGGCAGGGCGGCCGCUGGGCAGCGCCGCGCGCCGUGCUGCGGGUGGCAAGCCCCUGGGCAAGGACCCCACCGACAUUGGCUCGCUGCGUGACUCGGUCAACUGGGGCGAUGACGACGACAAGAAGAAGGCGGCGCUGCCGAAGGCCAAGGGCCUGGUGAAGGACACCGUUGACCCGCGCCUACGAAGCAAAGCGCUGUAGAUGCUGCUGGUCUGCUGAGCGGGGUGCCUGGCACGCAACCUGUCGUUGCUUGCCAUUUACGGCUUGGGCGGCGUCGGUUACCUGAGGGCUGCUUAGAGCGGGAUGCCUGCUUGCUUGCUCGCCGGAGCAGUUUGGCUGGUUUGACUCCUCUUCACAUCUUUCACCAAUAUCGUGACUGCAUUGCAACAGUGCUGGGAGAAUUGUGACCUAUGGCUUAACCUACAUUACCUUGUACAUAACCGUCGUAUGAUUACAAACGAGGCAACGAGACACCCGUUUUACAGACCCCUUGGUUCUUGGCAGUGCGCCUUGACAGGUGUGGUCGGGUGGCCAGGCGUGCGUGUGUAUUAGCUGUGCAGUAAACGUCUAUAUCUAGGGCAUGGGCUGAGGUAUGCUCUAGCCCGCAUCCUUAGACCAAUGACGGGCAGGUUUCGUACGCGCGCGUUAUUAGCGGCAGGGGUUUUGGCGCAGCGCAGAGUGCAGGAAUGCAAUGUGAACGGCGCACAUGUCUAGCGUGUACGCCUCCCAGCCCAAUGCUGCUGCGACCUGGGGGAUCAAGCUCUGGCUGCAGCAUGGUGAUGGCGCAUGGGGACAUGGCGUAAGGAGUUGGUUAUCUUUUCAGGAAGAGGAGCCGUUAUGCCACAUAUGCUGCGCAC